CUUAUAUAACAGGAACCCUGAAAGAGAGCCUGUGCUGACGGAGCGCCUCGGCAGUUCUCUAGAAGGAAGCCAGGAGCACACAAGUUGGAUAUAGACCACAAAUCAAAAGGGCAUCGUGAUGUCUCUGAAGGGUCCCCAUCCCGGGAUACUUUACCUCCUACUCCUGGGAAUGGCUGCCUGUCUGAUGGUGCACGGCCAAAGCGCAGGGUUUGAAGGAUUCCUGAAGAGGCAUGUGGAAAACCCGAAAUCUGACUUUGGCAAUGACAACAACUACUGCUACCAGAUGAUGCGCCGCAGAGGCUUAAACUGUCAGCGGAGCAACACGUUCAUCCACGCCAACCAGGAGCAGCUGAAAUCCAUUUGCAGCUCGCGAGGACAGAUCCUGCACGGCAACCAGAUCAGCAAAACCCUUUUCCCGAUCACCAUCUGCAAGCUGAAAAGAAGGCUGCGCAGGCUGGUGUGCAGGUAUAAGGGGAAGAGCAAAAUCAGAAGGAUCCGAGUCACCUGCGAGAAAGGCCUUCCCGUCCACUACAUCUCAUCUGUGUAGUCCAGUGGGAAAUGUGGCAGCUUUCCUGGGGUGGUUUUACCUGCUUUGGCUUGGUGCUCAGCGCCCCUGCAUCUUUCACCUCCAGAGCCGGUUGUAAUGCUGUGCGAAAUAUUAUCCCCUCCUUCUUCAAAUGCCAGGCACAACUUAAGUUGCCGGUGAUGUCCCCUGGCAUCCUUGGUAAAGCGCUUAGCACAAUUGUGGUGCCAGGUCAGUGUGAAAGCCACAGUGCUUCUGCAAACCCCAGAAUGUGUCCCUCCUAUCCCAGCUUCCCUGCUGCUCCCCAGAA